AUGCCGUUGGUAAAGCCUCAGCAGGAGGGCAAUGAGGACACUCGAGGUGUAUAUCCGCUGGAGUUUCUCUUUUCAUCUCUGAAGUAUCUGCUGACUGUUCUAGUCCUUGGUUACGAUCCUCUUCUCUCCCCUCGCUACCUCCAGGCGGAGGUUCCCUCGCCCGAGGCGUCCGUCAAAACCGUCCAGAGUGGCCGUAACCAAGCAAUUGAAAUCAUCGAGCAACGCGAUGACCGUCUGCUGGUCGUCGUCGGGCCAUGCUCCAUCCACGACCCAGAAACCGCUCUGGAAUACGCCCACCGUUUGAAAGCGCUCUCUGACAAGCUCUCCUCCGAUCUCUGCAUUAUCAUGCGUGCCUACCUCGAAAAACCCCGCACAACGGUCGGCUGGAAAGGACUGGUCAAUGACCCGGACAUCAACGAGUCCUUCAACAUCAACAAAGGCCUGCGUGUCUCGCGCAAGCUCUACGCCGACCUGACCAGUCUCGGCAUCCCGAUUGCCAGCGAAAUGCUCGACACCAUCUCCCCCCAGUACCUGGCCGAUCUCAUCUCCGUCGGCGCCAUUGGAGCCCGCACCACCGAGUCCCAGCUCCACCGCGAGCUGGCCUCUGGUCUCAGCUUCCCCAUCGGAUACAAGAACGGCACAGACGGCAACCUCGGCGUGGCCAUUGACGCAAUCGGCGCUGCUGCGAACCCGCACCAUUUCCUAGGUGUCACCAAGGAGGGCCUUGCGGCCAUCACCAAAACCUCGGGCAACGAGCACGGCUUCGUCAUCCUGCGUGGCGGUACCAAGGGCACCAACUACGAUCGCGAGAGCAUCAAGGCCGCCCGCGAGGCCCUGCGUAGCCGCAAGCAGCGCGAGAUUCUGAUGGUGGACUGCUCGCACGGCAACUCGAAGAAGAACCAUCUCAACCAGCCGCUGGUGGCCAAGGAGGUGUCUGACCAGUUGCGCGAGGGCGAGGAUGCGAUUAUUGGAGUGAUGGUCGAGUCCAAUAUCAACGAGGGCAACCAAAAGGUGCCAGCCGAGGGUCCUGCGGGGCUUAAGAAGGGUGUCAGUAUUACCGAUGCCUGCAUCCACUGGGAAAUGACUGUUGAUGUGUUGGAGGAUCUGGCCGAUGGUGUGCGCGCUCGUCGUGCCCUCAAGGCCUCCAAGACCAACGGUCACGCUUAG